CACCAAUGAAGGACAAUAUUUAAAGCUAAUUUACAAUUAUAUCACGACUGCUUUAUACAUGUAUACGAUAUGAUACAACUUUGCGAUAUUUAUUUCUCGAAAAUGUAUACUUGUUAAAAGGUUACCACCUACAGUGUAGGCUAAUUGAUUCCUUUCAUUUCAAGCGUUUACGGUAGUGGAAUUUUUGUGUAGCAAAGCAAUGGAUCGUGACGGUUGCGACAAGUUACACAAUACUUUCAAAUCCUGAUAAAGCAUCACUUGCUACUCCUCAAAGAUGAUUCGGAGAACCCGCACUGCCAAAGUUUACAAGGAGCCAGACAUUUCAGAUCUUUCCUUCACACAGACAGAGAGUGGGGCGGAGGAUAGUGAUGAAUGGUGUCCGUCAGAUCUCAAGGUACCCACGAGGAAGGCCAAAGCAGAGCCAGUUAAAAAGAAACCACCAGUGAAGAAACCUGCCAAACCAAAAGUACCCAAAGAACCGAAACCCAGAGCUCCACGAAAGCCACGGGCUGCCAAGGCCCUUCCUGGCCCCAAGGCGACUAACAUUCAAAAGGAGCCGAACCCACCUGAGGUUGAGAAGCAUGGAGAAACCAGCCAGACUGACCCAUCUCUGGAGUCACAGCAGGCACGCCAAGUCAAGGAGGAGAGGCUGUCCUUCGCCCUGCCUGCAGGGCCCAGCAGUGAGCCCACGGCCGGGGGCGAGGGCUCCUCGUCCAGCCGUCAGAGUCUGGGGCUGAAGAAGGAGGAGCCUGUGGAGGACUUCGCGUUCGACGAGCCGUCGCUGAAGAGACAGAAGACUGACGGGGCCCCUCAGGGCAGGCCAUCAAGGCAGCCCCACUCCGGGAGAGGCCUCGGGGAAGAGUUCAACAUGAACUGGGACCCUGUUGAGCUUCUGUCGGAGCGUUCGGGUGUGGAGCCGUGGGUGUGUGUGAACGUCAGCCAGCUCCUGAAGGAGGAGAAUACGGUUCCCUUCAUGGUGCGCUACAGGAAGGACUUGAUCAACCACUUGGAUGCUGACGCUGUCCGCGACAUCCAGAUAGUCCUGGAGGAGAUCCGUGCCUUGGCUAAGAAGACGCAGUCCAUCAGCCAGAGCCUAAAGAAAGAUGGUGUUCUGACCGCGGGGCUGGAGAUGGCCCUGAGGAACUGCAGGGCCGCUGAAGAGCUGGACCAUGUCUACGCGCCCUACAAGAAGGACAGCGGGUUGACCAAGGCCAGACGGGCCAAAGAACUGGGCCUGGAACCUGCAGCCCUGGAACUGCUGAACACACCUCACAGUGUGGAUCUGAACUCCUGGGUCAGACCCGGGACCAAGGGUUUGUCCACUGUAGAGGAGGUGUCUACAGGAGUAGAGCAGAUCCUGGCUGAUAUGAUUGCCAAGGACAGCGAGACCCUGAAGUUCAUCAGAUCACUGUGUGACAACAGCUUGGUGUUGCUCCAGUCCUCUGUGUCGAAGACGGCCCUGAAAGAGCAACAGGCGUUGGGGAAGCAGGGGCUGGGGCGUGGACGGGGGCAGGGGCAGGGCGUGGGUCCGGGGCAGCAGAGUGCCCCCAAGGGCAAACCCAAGGACAUCGACAACUUCCACCUGUACCACGACUUCACCUGCAACAUCAAGAGCAUACAGCACCACCAGACCCUGGCCAUUAACCGAGGGGAGAACCUGAAGAUCCUGACAGUGAAGGUCAACAUCUCUGACAGGGUGAAGAGCAACUUCUGUCGUUGGUGCCUCAACAUCAGGUGGAAACCGAAGAAUUUUGCCAAACCGGAGCUGAUGAAGAUCUUAGAGGAUGCAGUGGAGGACUCGUACAAAAGACUUCUAGUCCCACUUCUCACCAGAAGUUAUCGGUCCAAGCUAACGGCAGGUGCAGAGAAGGAGUCCAUCGCCAUGUUUGUGCGUAACCUGCGGCAGCGUCUGCUGGUGUGUCCUGUGAGAGGCCGUGUCCUCCUGGGCGUCGACCCCGGGUUCAGACAUGGCUGCAAGCUGGCUGUCCUCUCUCCAACCAGCCAGAUCUUACACACAGAUGUGGUGUAUCUCCACACCCAAGACCACCACAGAGAGGCCGAGAAACUACGCUCUCUACUGCUCAACUACAGCUGCAGCACGGUCAUCAUCGGAAACGGAACGGCAUGCCGCGAGACGGAGGCCUUCUUCGCCGACCUCAUCAGCCGGCGCUUCUUCCACCCCUUGGACGUGUCUUACUGCAUCACUAACGAGGCUGGAGCCUCCAUCUACAGUGUGAGUGCCGAGGCUGUGAAGGAGAUGCCUGACCUGGACCCCAACCUCAGGAGCGCAGUAUCCAUCGGGAGACGGGUUCAGGACCCACUGGCUGAGCUGGUGAAGAUCGACCCCAAACACAUAGGCAUCGGAACCUACCAGCACGACGUGUCAGCGGGGGCUCUGAAGGCCGCGCUGGACGGUGUCGUGCAGGAGUGUGUGAGCUUCGUGGGAGUGGACGUCAACAUCUGCUCCGAGACGCUGAUGAGACAUGUGUCGGGCCUGAACGCAGGCCAGGCCAGGAGCAUCGUGGAGUGGAGGGAGAGGAGCGGUCCCUUCCAGAACAGAGAGCAGCUGAGGCUGGUGAAGGGUGUGGGGCCCAAGAGCUACCAGCAGUGUGCAGGCUUCAUCAGGAUCAACCCUCACAAUCUGCACACACACAGGGAGACCCGGGGAGGGGCAGCAGCCGCCCCAGAGGAGCCCAGCAAGAAGGCGGGCAAGAGGACCAAGAGCUCUGCCAGCGCCCAGCCCAACCCCCUGGACCAGACCUGCAUCCACCCAGAGUCCUACAGCAUGGCCUCCAGUGAUUGUAAGCUCUGCUGGCGCUGA